AACAAAUGUGAAGCCUCAACAAUAUGCCUCCAUUAUAGUUUCUCUUUGUUGUUUCGAAUCUUUUGUUUAUCUGGAACCCUAAGCCUCAACCUCGGAGGGAGCAGAGGCGAGAAAUGAGAUCGAGAGGGAAGAGAGAGGGAUCGUAGAAGCACUGUUUGAGGCGGAUGACCUGGUUGUGGCGGCCGUCGUCGAGAAGCUCGUGAAGAAGCUCGAAUUCGGUGAGAACAUAAUUCUCCUCUAAUAGAAAGUUCACCACGCAAUUGCACAGCGACGACCUUUUCACAUCCAUUUUCUCCUUCUUUUCAAAUCCUCAUACCACAGUGUGACUCAGAUCGUGUCGUGUUUUCAACUUUGUUAUCGCGGUGUCUGGGGGAGUUUGCUCGAGUUCCCACGAGCCAACUCAAGAACGAUUCUACUUGCAUGCGAGUUAUCUCGGUUCGGGGGAAAGAAAUCUGAAUUAAAGCGUUAUUAAGCAUCAUAGCUAUUUUGAUUUGAGCGUGGCAGUGCAAUAGUAUCACCUGUCUGUUCCUCUUUCAGUUUCUUUCAGUGUUUGUUGUUAAUGCCGCUGGUGCGUGUUGCAGUUGGUGCAGCGGUGCGAGCUGGCACCCGUAAUUGGGUCCGUUGGGUUUCGGGUGGGGCAUCGAGUCCGAGCCUUUCGAUAUGGCGGCGGAAGAAGGAGAUUGGCAAAGAAGGGCUGCUCGUGGCUAAAGAGCUCAAGAGGCUCCGGUCCGACCCGGUCCGCCUCGACCGCUACAUCCGGUCCAGCGUCUCCCGCUUGCUCAAGUCCGACCUUGUGGCCGUCCUCGCUGAGUUCCAGAGACAGAACCAAGUCUUCCUCUGUGUCAAGUUGUAUGAAAUAGUCCGGAAAGAAAUAUGGUACAGACCGGACAUGUUUUUUUACAGGGACAUGCUGAUGAUGCUUGCACGAAACAGAAGGGUGGAAGAAGCUAAGAGAGUUUGGACUGAUUUGAAAGAGGAACAAGUUUUAUUUGAUCAGCAUACAUUUGGAGAUAUUAUCAGAGCUUUUCUGGAUAACGGGUUGCCCUCAGAAGCAAUGGAGAUAUACGAAGAAAUGAGACAGUCCCCUGAGCCUCCUCUUUCGUUGCCUUUUCGUGUGAUACUGAAAGGGCUCAUUCCUUAUCCAGAAUUAAGAGAGAAAGUAAAACGUGACUUCUUAGAAAUUUUCCCAGAUAUGAUCAUCUACGACCCUCCCGAAGACUUGUUUGAAGAUCAUUAGCAGCACAACGAUGGGGAUAAUAAGAAUAUUAUUGCUUACUUCCCUGGACUUGUUUUCAAUUUUGGACCACUUUGUUUAGGGAGAUUACGCAUGUCAAGUUUACAUGUAACGCAUUUAUAAUGAUGAUUGAGGAACUCAAUCGAACAUUUAACUACAUUAGCAAUGAAUAAGUAUUAUUUGCGUCAUUAAUAUUCUUA